UUACACUACAAGUAUAUAUCAAAAAUCAUGAAUCGAAGUUGAAUCCUAAGAAUAUUCCCGCAAUUUCUGGGUGUUCAUGGAUACCGUCUUUAAAUUCAUCUCCCCCGAUUCUUCCAAAUCCCCCCUAAAUAUGGCUCUCAAAGCUGUUCAUGUUACACAAGUUCCUAAUCUUGAUCAAGUACCCGAUGAUCUCAAUCACUCUAAUAAUGCUCCUCCUGCAUUCAACAUUUACCCUCCCAUGUUUCAUAACAACUCGUCCCAUCACUUUAUGAUCAUGGGACACAGAGGAACCGGAAUGAAUUUAUUGCAAUCGCCUGAUCCUCGAAUGAAAUCCCUCAAGGAGAAUUCGAUUCUCGCUUUUAAUGCAGCCGGAAAAUUCAAUUUGGAUUUCAUCGAAUUCGAUGUUCAGGUGACCAAAGAUGAUUGUCCAAUCAUUUUCCAUGACAGCUUCAUCUUCACCGAAGAAAAGGGUGUCGUAAUUGAGAAAAGAGUUACAAAUCUGAAGUUGGAUGAGUUUCUUUCGUAUGGACCACAGAGGGAGCCGGAUAAAGUGGGUAAGCCUUUAUUUAGAAAAACAAAAGAUGGGAGAAUUUUUGAGUGGAAAGUCGAAAAGGAUGAUCAUCUAUGCACAUUGGAAGAGGUGUUUCAAAACGUAAAUCAUUCCAUGGGAUUCAAUAUAGAGUUCAAAUUUGAUGAUAAUAUCGUCUAUAAAGAGGAUGAUUUGGUUCACGUCAUACAAGUUGUUCUUCGUGUUGUAUUCAAUUAUGCUAAAGAUAGAUCCAUCAUUUUUUCAAGCUUUCAGCCGGAUGCAGCUCUUUUGAUCAGGAAACUUCAAACCACUUAUCCUGUUUUCUUUCUUACAAACGGAGGGUCUGAAAUCUAUACGGAUAUCAGGAGGAAUUCGUUAGACGAAGCAAUGAAGUUGUGUUUAGCAGGCGGCUUAAACGGAAUCGUUUCUGAAGUGAGAGCCAUCUUAAGAAAUCCAGGAGUAAUUAGAAGAAUCGAAGACUCUAAACUCUCUCUCAUAAGCUAUGGCCAAUUAAAUAAUGUGCAAGAGGUGGUGUACGCGCAACUUUUGAUGGGCGUUGGUGGGGUAAUAGUUGAUUUGGUCCAAGAUAUCACAGAGGCGGUUGCGAAUUUUGGCAAAACUGUUAAAGAAGAGAAUGUAGUCAAAGAGGAUGAAGACGACGAGAUCAAGUGUUCACAAUAUCAGCUUUCGAAUCUUAUGAAGCUCAUUCCCGGUUUAAUACAACCCUAAUUUCGACACGUAGAUUGUCGUAAGAGUUGUAGGAGGUUCGAGUCCCAUAAGAUUGUGUACAUGAAUGGUAUGACCAUAAACUUCAUGCAUGUUCUAUGUUGUGUGUAUAUGUUGAUCAAGGCAAUAGGAAAAGGGAAAAGACCCCGUAGAAUAAAAGUGUCACUAUUUGGGAGCCAAAAAAUAUUUGUAGGUAAAUUAUGUGUAAAUGGGUCUUUUUCUUUUGUUUUGUAUAACAUUUUCAUGAAUUAUUAUAUCUGGUUUUCGACU